AUGCAAAGAUAUAUUGUAGCUAGUCAAAUAAAUAUUGCACCUGGUGCAGGUCAGGUCGCUGGAAGAGAAGAGGCAUUUGGAUUGGUAAUAUCAUGUUUUGCGGGCCCUGCAUUGAAUUGGUAUAAUACCCGCAUUAAGGGCAAAAAUUGGAGAUGUAAUAAUCUCUCAGAUAACUUAGGUGUAGCUACUUUAACUGCUGUUCGAGCAAUAGGUGCUGGAAAUGGUGGUAAUCAGAUUGGUGGUUUGAAUACUGCAGGAGAAUUUCGUAACAAAGCUGGAGCAGAAAUUGGUAGAAUUGGAGCAGGAAAUAUGGGUGUUGAAGAGUUCUCCACUCAAAUCAAAAAGGUUGGUAAAUUGGCCAGAAUGACACCUGAACAACAAAGAGAGCAAUUUAUUCGUGGCUUAAAUCCUAUAAACCAAUAUAAUAUUCGAAUAAUGGCUAAAUUUGAGGAUACUCAGGAAAAUAUCACAAGAGCCUUAGCUAAAGCGGAAAAAUUUACACUUUCUCAAAGAAAUGCACCAUCUUCUCUUCUUGCUUUUCCGGCAGCCAAUCCCUACAUAGACACUAACAAAUCAGGAAUGACUAAAACUGAAAUUGUGGAUUUGAUAAAAACCGCAAUGGUAUCUUCAGAGUCUCAAACGGCUCAACAAAAUGCUGAUUUGCAGUCUACCAUUAAAUCCUUUCAAGAGACUAUGUCUCGAGUGACUAAAACUCUAGAUAAUAGUAAAAAAUCAUCUAAGAAGAGAGCAGAAAAUACUGCCAUUAAUCGCUUUUUGAGUGACUUACUAAGAAAAAAUUCAAGUAAACACUCUGCCGAUGAAUAUGAUCAUGAUCUUAUAGAAGAUAUUUCAGAUAGUUUAGCAGGAUUAACAUUAAAUAGUGUCAUAAAAACUGCUGUUAGAC